GAUUUCUUUCCAUACUUAGCAGUUCGACGUCACAUUUGUACUGGGGCUUCCGAAACCGGUUGCAGUUGUCAUAGGAGAGUGUCUACCUUAAAGGACUUUUAUAAGAGAAACGCACGUGAAAUACACUUCUGCUAACCGCGGCCACCUGACGUGUCCAACAUGAAGGUACUAGAUUUGAAUACCGCGGCCCUUAAGGACUAUGAGAUGGGGAAUUACGACAGUGCCAUACAGCUUUACACAAGUCUCUUGGAAGACGAACCGAAGUGCGCCUACCAUUUCGUGAAUCGAGCGAAGUGCUACCUACAACAGGCCAAGUACAGUGAUGUCGUAGAUGACAUCAAGAAGGCGCUCGACCUUGACCCAAAAAACAUAGAGGGCGCCAUCACCGGGGGUCGCGCGUCCACCAAACUUGGCAAGUACGAAGAUGCAUAUCACUUUUACAAGGCUGGGCUCGACGUGGACUCAAAACACGUGGUAAUCACAGAAGAUCUGAAAAAAUUACAACAGGUAAUAUUGGAGGACUAUGAAAAGAGCGGAGGCGAGACAGACGAACAAGGAUAUGAUGCAGUGAACUUCUGUGGGCAAGACUACUAUCCCGGGGACGAUGUGUUGCUAAGGACGGAAUAUGCAUCACUAGAGAGGAAAUACGAUAUGGAGAAGGACAUACCUGCUCCCCCUAUUGAUCUCAUUAGGUCGGAAAAGGCCGGUAGGAUAGCCGUUGAGGCACACAAGGCAAUGAUGGCUGGAAGGUUUCCUGAGGCCUUGCAAUACUUUACACUUGCAGUGGAGCUAGAGCCAGCCAACAAAAUUCUUCGAAAACUGAGGGCAGAGGUGCGUUUCUUGAACGAAGACCUUAUAGGUGCUAUUCAAGACUUGUGGGUGAUCCCCAAGGGAGAACGGACAGCAGAUUCAUGGAAGUUAGGAGGUAAAGUAUUGGGCCAGAUAAAUUAUCCGAUAGCGGCGGAAUUCUGGCUUAGGAAGGCAUACACACUUUCGGGCAAGAAAGACCAAGAAGCUGCCAUUAUAUUCCAGAAGGUGCGUACCAGUCGAAUUUACGGUCCACUGACUACAGAUUAUCCCGUAACCGUGGACUUCUCCGGGUACGGACGUGGUAUCUACGCAAAGCGUGACAUACCCGAGGGCGAAAUCAUAUUCGAGGAUUCUCCCGCAGUGUUUGGUCGUGUGAUGGAGAAGGAUGUUGACAAGGUGGUGCCGGCUUGUGAUUAUUGUUCCACAUCACUUCUGACAGCACGCAGAUACUUCGGAGACAAACUUGACACAUUCGACAGCAGCGUGCAGGACCUGAUAGAAAGUCAGUGGCCGGACGUUGAACCCGUCAUGUGUGAAAAAUGCAAUGUGGUAAAAUUUUGCACUGACACUUGUAAAGAGCGUGCAUGGGAUGAAUAUCAUCAGCUUAUAUGUCCUGCCAGGUGCGCCGCCGCGAAAACCCUGUACGAAGUGGCAGAUAACUAUGGCUAUGGAUACAACGAGAAAGAUGAGAAAGUCAACCUGUGGCUGGCGUCAUUCAGCCCAGUUAUCCUUGCACGGAUGUGGGCACAGAUAAUCAUCGAGGCCAAACGCCUGAUGAAGAAGGACAAAUGUACGGAACCCACAGUAGAGCAUUGGGCCAGAGCAAAGGCUCCUUUCAGGAAAUUUAUUGCUUUCGGCUCUGGUGACGUUACAGCCAAGAUGGCGACGGUUUUACAGCUUUAUCGCGACAUCUUCAGCGACUGUGGUGACGGCAUCAAGUAUGAGAUUACGGACUCCGAAUUUACGGGCAGGUAUUUCCAGGCGUCGUGUAAUCUCCAAACUUUCUCCUUCCCAGUGACUCCCCACCAUCAGUUCAUCAACCGUCUGUCCAAUAUCGACGCACAGGACAUGAGAGCCAUAGCUCUGUUGAAACCACUCGAAGUUAAGGUCCCAUCAGCGGACUUUUGUGGCAUUUUCCCUCUCCACGCAUGUCUGAAUCAUUCGUGCAUGAAUAACGUCGAGGUGUGUGACGGUUACGUAAAUGAUCGCGGUGGUGUGAUAGUCCGCGCCAAAAGAGACAUCACGAAAGGGGAGGAGCUAUACACGACUUACAUCGACACAUCAAUGCCCCGAAAGCUCAGGAGGGCGUGGCUCUAUAAAUCCUUUAAUUUUUGGUGUCACUGUCCACGCUGUGUGCACGAGGGUGACGACCCCUAUAUCUGUACAAGCUGCCACAAGAAAGCAAUGAACCAAGAUCCAUUUAGGGGGUGUGGCAAAUGUCGAAAGGCGUGGUACUGCACAGUAGACUGUCAACGAAAAGCGUGGAAUCAUGGACACAAAGAGAUAUGUCAAGAAAAGCACUCGGACAUCUCGUGAGGCGUCUGGUCUAUCAAGAUGUCUGUAGUGCCCAGCCAAGCUAAGCUAAGCUAUGCUCUACAGGCAACGGUGUAGAUGUAAAAGCGUCCAUGGGUGAAACGAGACAACGAUUCUUCAACAUCAUCGGCAUUUAUCUCAACGGCCCGAAUGGCAAGUGAAAUUAUACCUUGGUGCUGUGUUCAUCGUCAACGAAAAUAUGAUUUUUUUUGGUGAUAUCAUUUGGCCAUAUGUUUGCUGUGUUGAAGGUCAGAUAUAUGACCUUAGUCUACUUUCGUGAUCAUAUUAAAGGUCACAAAACAAAAUUUCAAUAAUGAGAUAAAGAUUUGUAAACAUGUUCGUUAAAAUGGCAUUGACCGACUCUUGCAUAUCGCCACCAAGUGUUGCAGACACUGGGACCGAUGUGGCCCUAGUUCACGGUAGUUAAUAGCACGGUGAGAUAAACGGUCGCCAAGAUUGUUCAUAUUUCUGACCUUGACCCAUUAACCAUAUCAUGUGAGAGUGAUUUAUAGUGUGAUAUCAACUUUUGUAUAUACAUUCGAACGAAUUUGGUGCAGUGACGUGUAUGAUUAAAUUGUGUGACUAAUGUAACUUUUAAAAUGUGCUAUAUUUUGGGUACAAUAUCAUUUUGUUUGAAAUACAGAAACAUUCAGGCUAUGUUGAAAAUGCUGAUACCCAUUUAUUUUUACGUCGGCUUGAUAUCAUGUCGUGAACUUGUUUUGAUAUAGACUGUCGGAAUGUGAUAAGCCAAAUUGAAUGAAGACGUGCUCACCAAUUCUUACGAAUGACACAUGUGUUAUUUAUUUUGAGAUUUCUCUACCAAUAAGUCUGUGACGUCAUCCUGUGAUUUUGCUCAGCAAGCUGGCAGUGUUUUUGUAUAUAUAUGUAUAUUGGUCAUUUUGAAGACUUUUUUUGCACCCACCGUCCCCUUCCCUUCCCAUCCAUUCCAAAACUUACAAUAGUUCCCUACCUCCCCUCUUGUUUUUGUUGUAUCCUUGUUUAAUAUAUACAAAUGGCAACUCAACUUUUAUAAAUCUGUUUAACAGUUUACUGUAGAAUAGAGACGUUUAACAUACAUGAAACCAGGUUGUUUUCAUCGAGACAGGGAAAAUGCACAGAGAACGUGUAUAGAAGCAUCUCGUGCAGACAUUGUAUACUAGUGAUGUAUACCUACAUCAAACUCCUGAAAGACGUACUCCAUUACAAUAUUGAUUGGACUGUAGUCUCGAUAUAUUCUGUUAGACUAAAAAAGUUUGUCUCUAAAAUAAUAAUUCUACAUCAAUAUUCAUAUUUAUUAUGCAGUUAUUGACUAAUCAAAUUUAGAGACAUACAUUUUCGGUCCAGACUUCUUAAGACUUAAAAAUAAAUCCAUUCUUUGUAUGUGAACUAAUAUUGGAAUAUAUUUGUAUCGAUGAUACUAUUUGAUUCAUUAAGUGAGCAAAAAAAAAAAGAAAGAAAGAUUGAAUUGAAUUAAAGCAAAUUUGAGCACAAAAUCAAACGCGGUAACAUCAACUAUGCAAAUACUUCGAGAUAUCGUGUUAUUCAAGUAACACUGGUCCUAAAACACAUGGUGUAUCACGAAUUAUCACAUCAUAUCAUGGAAUCCAGGUCAAACAGAUAUUUUAUUGAUUUCUCCCGGUACAGUCUACAUUACUUCCCCGGAUGUAUUGUAACCCCUGUUGUUUGCUGUAUCUUAAUUCCCGAAAUGUACAAAGUAUAUAAUAUAUACUGUUUUGUUUAAUAUGUACGUUUUUCUGACACACGAUUUAGCAUUCCUCUCCCCUCCCAACACAAGACCUCGUAGCUUAGUCCCAAUGUUGUUACCUGAUUUUGUUAUCUAAUUUAUUCACUUUUUAGUAUCAUUAUUUAUCAAUAUUAAUCUUACACUGUGAACAUUUUUCUGUAAAUUUGAUUUCGGAAUGAAAUAAAUAUAUGACCUUAA